AUGGUUUGGUUUUUCUGGUUGGAUGGGAGUGAUGUAUUAAAUGGGUUAUGUGACAUUAUUGGAGCAGUAGGAUGGGAGGAUGAGAGGAGACAGGAGAUGGGAGACGGGAGAUGGGAGACGGGAGACGGGAGACGGGAGACGGGAGACGGGAGACGGGAGAGGGGAGACGGGAGACGGGAGACGGGAGACGGGAGACGGGAGACGGGAGACGGGAGACGGGAGACGGGAGACGGGAGACGGGAGACGGGAGACGAGACGGGAGACGGGAGACGGGAGACGGGAGACGGGAGACGGGAGACGGGAGACGGAGACGGGAGACGGGAGACGGGAGACGGGAGAAUGGGAGACGGGAGAAUUGGGAGGAAGGGCAUAAGUCAAUAG